AUGAAAUUGCUUCUUAUAUCUAAUUUAGUUCUGAUUGUUUAUUCCAUAGACAAAUGUCUAGAGUAUAGAACUUAUUCAGAUUGUAUUCUGAGUAGUGACAGUCAAUGUAAUGAAAUUUAAUAAGUUAAAAGGUUUUUGGAAUUAAGAGUAUUGCGAAUUCACUAAAAACUUAUAACUAGGGUGUUCAAGGUUUUUAAAUAAAAUGGCAUGUGUAAAAUAGUUAUCUAAUUCCUUAAACGAGAGAGCCAGAUGUACAAAUAAAUAUAUAUAAUUGAAUAGGUAUCUUUAAGAAUGCUUGUUAGCCUGUUAUUGAAUUAUCUGUGUUAACUUGCAAUGAUGCCAUAACGAAGCAUGCUUGCUUGGAUAUAACCAAUAUUGAUCAAUUAUGUUAUUGGGAUCCAUUAACAUAUUAAUGUAUGAAAGUAGCUAAAGAGAGUUAUUAGAGCGACUUUUAGGAUGUUUUGUAUAGUGCAUCUGUUUGUAGCAGAAUUGAAAGUAUUUAUUAAAGAAAAUUAUUUAGACUAUUUGGUAAUUCAUAGUUCGAUAAUUUGGGAUGCUAUCUCUUAUACACCUGACUUCGUAACUGAGUCAGAGGCUAUUUACAAUUAGGAUUUAGGAUUGGGGAUAGAAGAGAAUGACCUUUCUUAUGAAAAAGGUUAGCUAGUAAAUAAUUACGUUUAUAAUGUUUGUGAUGAACCGAACUAAGUAUCUUAUUUUUAGUGGUAUAUUUUAAAUGACCUUCAAGGAAAACAAAUUAAAAACUGUAAGAGUAUAUCAAUUAUAAUCUAAUAGUAAAAAUAAGCGACAGGAAGCGAGAGGGAUGCAUUGCAAUUUAAAUAACGGAUGAUGAUGAUUAUAAUUUAUUAUUUUCAAAAAAGAAGGAAACUGUGGGAGUGAAUAAAAUUUAUUGCAGAUAUCAAGGAGGAAUCUUUAUUAAUAAUAGGUGCUUUUAUUAUGAUGAUAUAACCAUUCUAACAAAUCCUUCGUUUUUACAAGGAAAUUAAAUAAAUUGUUAUUAAUUAAACAUUAAGGAAUGCGCAGUUGUUACUGAAAAUUGUUAUCCAGUUAUUAAAGAUGGUUAAAACGAACAAAUAAUUACCUGUGUUGCCACUUAAAAUUAAUUGAUAAGUGCUUAAGGAUGUUUAUCAAAUGUUCAAGUGUAUUAGACCUACAGAGAUUGUAUUUCAGAUCCAAAUCUAACGAUUGGAAUCUAUUUGGAUUUCGAUAUAUCCCCACCAGCUUGUAGCUCUAAAUGUUAUGUACUUGAAUAGAGUAAUUGUGAUCUCACAUCUUGUAAUUGGGCCAAUUAAGGAUAAGGAUUUUAUGGAUGUACUCCUAAGUAUGGUUGUGAUCAUCCAGGAUUGAAUUUAAAUUACUGUAAGACUAUGGCAUAACUUUGUUAAUGGGAUGUGAUAGAGAAUCGUUGCUAUUCGAUCAAGUAUUACUAACUUUUCAAUCUAAAAUGUUCGGAAGCCAAUUGCAAAUAUUUAUGUGGAAAUAUUAAGACAUUUGGAUAGGAGUGUAUUUGGAUUGAUGAAGAUUUAAAAUGCCUGAAUAUCUUAAAUGUUCCAGAGUUGAAAAAAUUUGAAUCCUUUCCCACAAAAUAUGUUGUGAAUAGAGAACUUUGCAUGAAUUAAAAGGGAAAACAUAUAUAUAAGGAUUUUAUUUGUACUAUUGAUUCCAGUCCCAUAAGUUGUGAAAGCGAAGACACAGGAAACUUUGGCAAAGAACUCUGUUUGGCAACUUAAAAAUGUCAUUGGAAUGUUUAAACAUAAGCAUGUGAACAGGCAGUCUUAAAAUCUUCUUGCGAUUAGAUGACUAGUGUUUCUCCUGAUUGCUGUACUUAAUUCAAUGAUUGCAUUUAUGAUGUAUCCAAAGCUAGUUGUGUGUCACUAACUUCUCAAAUUUUUUGUACAACUCCUGGAAUCUCUAAAAGUGCGUGUUUAGCUUUAAGCAAUCAAAAUUGCUAAUGGGUUGGAUCUUAAUGCGUUGAAGUAUUUCUAUUCAGAGAACCUUGUUCAUCUUAUAGGUCUGUGACAUAAUCUGUGUGUGUUUUAUAGGAAACCUAAUUAUGUAGAUAUAAUAAUGGAAAUUGUGAGUUAGUUGAAUCUCAACCUGAUGAUUGCUCAAAUUUGCUGAACAAACUAGCUUGCUAGGCAAGUCAAUAUAGUUGUUAUUUUAGGGACAGAUGCUAAACAUUUUACUCAAUAGAUCAAUUAUGCGAAGGCUACUUUCUGAGUCAAUCUGCUUGUCUUGCUCUUGAAACACCAGGCUAAUAAUGUAUUUGGUAGAAUAAUUAAUGUAAGUACAUUACAGAAAGGCUUAAUUGCCUACAAACACAAAAAAUAAAUAAGUGGGGUUGCAUUGGCAUAGCAGCUGAAAUUAAAGGCUAUUUGAGUCCAUAAUAUUAUUGCGAAUACAACGCAUUCCUUAAAAUUUGUGAAACUUCAACAAACACCAUUUCAGGAUGUGAAUCAAAUCCAAAUGUUAAUAUUCAUAGAUGCAGUGCUUACUCCUCUGGUCAAUGUAUCUAUAAGGAUUUGAAAUGCAUGUCCAUAGACUUAACUCAUAAGUAUUGGGAUAGCUAACUUGAUACUAUAGAUUGUGCUCAAGCUAGUUUGCAAAUUUGUAGACUUGUCAGAGGAAAGAUUUGCUAGAAGAUCAAUUAAACUUGGAAUUCCUACUAGGAUGUGAGAUGCGGAGAAAUUAAAACAUCUCCAAUUCCUUGUGGAGGUGCAUAAGACUACAUCCGUAGCUAUGACUCUUUUGUUUUAUAAGAAGCUGCAGGUUAAUUCAAUCCUUAAGUUUGUGCAUAAAUUCAAGGUUUGGAUCUUACCCCAUGUCUUUAUGAUUCAGCUACACAGAAAUGUAUUAAGGGAUCAUUAUCUAGUCGUUUUUCAUGUAAUGCUUUGGGAAUAAAUAAAUGGAUAUGUAUGAGCUAAACAUAUGGUUAAUGCGCAUUUGUUAAUUAUGUAUGCGUUGAUGCCACUUUAAGAAAUGAAGAGUGUGGUAAUUUAAAUAAAUGGGCUUGCCUAAAUUCAAGUCGAAAUUGUGUCUAAUAGUACGUCAAAGAAGAUGAAGUUUGUCGCGACAGAAGAAUUGAUUUGACCUUAACAUGUGAUGUUUAAGAUUAUUAAAGUUGCUCAUUAAUAGAUAAUUGUUAUGCUAAUCAAUUUAGUUGUUAUAGUAUAUCCGCUUCAUAAGUCUCACCAACAAGUUGCAAUAGUCCAUAAAUUGGUAAGGCAGUAUGUUAUCAAUCUAAUAUGUAUUGUUAAUUCUUUAACUCAAAGUGUUAAGUAAUAUCAAAAGAUUUGUGUGAAUACUCAUUAACCAUGGAGUAAUGUGCAAAUAAUGUAUAUUACAACUGUGUUUUUAUCAAUAAUAAAUGCUAUACACAAAAUAAAGUCAAUAAAUGUGAUAUUUAUGAAUCAACAAAUUAUAAAUUUUGUCGAUAAUUCCCAAAUUGUAAAUACAAUUUUAAUUUGCUGAACUGUGUUGACUUAACAUUGCAUAAAGGCAUCUAGAAUAAUUUAAUUAAAUAUAAUACAAUAGAUUGUAGUGCAUUUUUGAAUUAAUUUGAUUGUUUGAGUUAAUGGUAAGUAAUAUGUACUUAUACUCAAGCAUUAGGAUGUCAGAGUACAAGUGAUAAUCCUAGUUAAUGUCCUCAUUUAAUGUAAUAUAGUAAGAUGAUGUGUUAAAAAUACGAAAAUUGUGAUUUCUAAUUUGGAUAUUAUUGUGUUGAUAUAACUUAGACUUUAAGUUGCUCUUAAUUAUCAAAUUCAUUGUGUUUAUCUGAUAUUUCUGAUUCUUUAGCCUGUUAUUGGGAUGGUACUAAUUGCUAAGAAGUAACAACUUAGAUUUGUUCAGAUGUUCAAUCUUAUUAAACCAAUUAUUCUGGAUGUUCUAAAAUAAGCAAUUAAGAUACUUAGAAAUGCAUGUAUUAAUCUUCAACUCAGAAAUGUAAAAUAUUAAAAGAAACUAAUAAUUGUUCUGAUUUUACAACCAAUAUUGAAUGUGCAAUCAGAGCCAAUGCAUCUUGUUUAUUAGCAAAUCCUACCGCUUAAACUACCACUUGUAGUUCUUCUAGUGUUUUUAAUGCUAAUUUAAAUUUAUAUGGAUGUACUUAAUUAACAGGAAAUGCUUACUAUUAUGAUAUCUAUAAUUAUCAAUGUGCAUAACUUACAGUAGCAAAUUAUGUCAAUGUUCAAGGAUGUUAAUACUUAAAUAAAUAAAGUUGUAUUGAAAUUACAAGUAUUAUCUUAAAUAUAUAUUGUGGAUGGAUUGAUAAUUAAUGUUAAUAAUUGAUUGAUCUAACUAAAUUGAAUGAUUGUACUCUUUUAAAUAAAUACGCUUGCAUAAAUAUAGAAAAUUCAAAUCUUGUUUGUUAAUGGAAUGUCGCAUCGCAUACUUGUACUUCCUCUAUUCAAACUGCUUGUUACGUUCCUGCAUCAAUUCCAACUAAUCCUGUAUUUUUGUACUCAUUAAGUUUAUGUAGUAAGGGAGGUAAUUCAAAUGCAUGUAUGGCAAAUUCAUCAAAUACAGGAUGUGUUAUAUUUAAUUAUACAAUUGAAGUUUGUGAAAAUAUGGGAUUAAACAAAAAGGCUUGUGUGGAAUAAACUACAGGAUAUUGUAAAUGGGCUAAUAAUAAAUGUUCAAAUUCAUAAUUAGAUAAUUUGGAUUGUAAUUCAGAUGUUAACAAAAAUACUUGUUUAGCUAUUAAUGACAAUUUAUGUUAAUGGAAUGAUUCAACUAAAACAUGUUCUACUAAAACAUUAACUAAUUGUUCUGACGCAACCAAUUACAAUUAGUGUAUGAAUGUACCAAAUUAAUUUUGUUAAUUUACCAAUUAAAUUUGUGUUUAGCUUGACAAAAUUUCACAAGCUUGUAAACUUGGAUAUAAUAAAUAUGCUUGCAAAUAUGUUGAAGGCGUGACAUGUUAAUUUUAAGAUCUUAAGUGCACUGUCCUAUUCUAGAUUGACUCUUGGCAAAGAUGCUCCAAAUACGCAUCUCAACCCCUCUGUUAAUCAAAUAAUUGUGAAUGGCAAGAUUCAAAAUGUAUUUCACUAACAAUAUGUAAUAAUGUUACUCCUUCAAUAAUGGUUGAUUAUUUACCUUAUAAGUUGAAUCCUUGUGAUAAUUAUUUACCUUAAGCAUGCAUUUAAAUUUAUAAUAAAUAUGGAUGCUUAAGUUCGAGUUUAUAUUGUUAAUGGGAUGAUAGUUAAGGAUGCACUUCGUAUUCUACAUAUUUAUCAGAAAUUUAAUGUCUAGAAACACUAAAAGUUAAUAGGAAUGUAUGUGAUAAAUACGCUCCUAAGUUUUGUGAAUUCAAAACAGAUAGUUGUUCUCCUCGUAUCACUGAUUAUUAUUUUAUUAAAAAUCCUUAUCAAACAUUAGCAAGUACUGAAAUAAGCCAUUAAAUUGAGACUCAAACUUGUGAUUCCUAUUUUACAAUUUAAGAUUGCAUAUUAUCAACUGCAUUUGAAUGCUAUUGGAAUGGAUCUUGCAUAUAAAUUACUAAUGAAACCUCUUUGGAUGCUCAAAGUUUAAACAUAAAUGGCUGUAACAAGUUUAAUUUACAAUGGAGAGACAGACAAUGCUUUAGAUUCUCAUCUAUUUAAAAUUUUAAUGAAUUUUUGGAUAAAGAAAUAACAUCAUGCGAAACAAAAUUGAUCUCUAAAUAAACAUGCUUAAACAUAACAGCUUAACCUUGUUAAUAUGACAGCACUACUUUAACUUGCAAGAAGGUUUCUAGUUUAAACUAACCAUGUUCAUCCUAUUCAAAUGUAAACAAAAGAACAUGCUAAUUAUUGACAAGAUCUAGCUGCGAUUUUAAUGAGGUUGUAAAUUCUUGCGUCACUGCCCAAACUGUUGUUACUGAUUAUAGUGGACUUUCUAAAUCAGCAUGUCUAUCGCUUUCAGUUGCAGCCUAUUGGGAUGAUUAAUGCGUUCCUGUAACUGUUUUCGAAUGCGAUCAAAAAUUUUAGAGUUCUUCAGCUGCUUGUGUUUUAGCAGAAACACCCUGUAUUUAUGAUGACAAAAAAUAAGCUUGCAUUUCCUAAUAUAAUAUAAAUGCCGUCUUUUGUGAUACUCCAGGAGUGAGUAGUGAAACCUGUACAUAAAUAAUCAGGGAACCUUGCAUAUUCAAGUUAAAUAAAUGUUAAAGGAUACCAUCAUCUUACUCCUGUGACUAAGCACAUUUAGUAAAUGAAAUGGCUUGCGCUUCACUCAAUUAAGCAUGUUCUUAUGACUAAUUGACAAAACAGUGUUAAGUAGUCUCCACCAGCUAAAAAUGUUCUACAUUAGGACUUUCAAAAAAAGCAUGUUUGUACAAUCCAUCCUGUAAAUUUAAUAAUGACUUGUUGAAAUGUGAAUGCUCACUUGUUGCAUCUCCUUAAAUCUGUAGUGAUCUCUCAAAAGACAAUUGCUAAAAAAAUGCCAAAUGCUACUUUGAUUAAAAUUUAAAGAUUUGUAGAACAAAGCAUUGUGAGGAUCUAAAUAAAUCUGAAUGUUUUGGCAAAUUAAAUAAUCAAACAUGCUAUUAUACUGGAUAUUCCUGUUAAUCAGCACGAAAAUGUGAAGAUAUCUUUAAUUAUAGCAGUUCCUAAUGUGAAAAUGUAAUUUUUGAUGGAGUGCCUUGUAUAGGUACAAAUAAUAGAUGUUUCACGUACAACAAUUAUCUAGAAUAUUGUUAAAAUUCUGAUUGUCAAAAUAACUUCUGCAGUUAUAAUGAAUAGAAGAUUUGUUAAGUCAAAAAAUGUUCUGAAUUAAACAAUUGCUAUCAAUUAGGUAAUUAUUGUUAGAUUUUAUCAAAUGGAACUUGCGUAGAAAACUAAAGUUGCUAAUAAUUAGACUCUGAGAUUUGUGAUGGAUUAACUAUUCGUACUAUGGACACAUGCUCUCUUUAGAAGUACAAUAUUUAUUUAAAUGAUGUGUUAUGUACAUCCUAAGUAUGUGCUUUAUAUGGAAUAUCAGAAUUGUGUGAUGGGAAUUAAUAUGGGAAUUACGCUUGUGCAUUGGUUGACCAAAAAUGUUAGCCUUGCGAAUAGAUAAGGGAUGCAUGUCAAUGUAACGAGAAGAUUGAAAUAUGUUUGUGGGAUGACAACACUUGUCGUUCUUUUUUAUGCAAAGAAUUGACACAGAAAGAAUAAUGUAAUGCUAUAAGUAGAUGUCUUUGGAGCACUCUUAAUAACUAAUGUUUAAUUCAUUGUAGCAAAAUUAUAGAUGAAGAUGAAUGUAAUUCCAGAACCAAUGAAUGUUAUUACGAUGAAGCAACUAAUUUAUGCGAAACAGGAACUUUUAGUCCUCCAAGUCUUAGCAUUACUAUAGAAAUAUCAACAACAUAUUAAAUGGUCCUGUUGAUGAUUCCAACAUUCUUUCUUGCUGUAUUUUGA